AUGUCCCGUCGCAGCCAGCGUCUUGUCACCACGCGCUAUUACCCCGGGGACGAUGAUCCCCCGGCCAGCAGCAGCAGCUCCCUGCUGGGGAGCCAGCAGCAUCCCUUCAAAGAGAGCACCAGCAGGGCAGUGGGGAGGAAAUCGAGCAGCACCAAGCGCCUCUCGCCUGCCCCCAGCACCCAGACCUCCUACUACAGCGAGUCCAUGAUGAGUGAGUCCUACCUCGGGGGCAGCCGGGGCCUUGCUGCCCUGGGCAGCUCUGUGCUGGAUGAUGACAUGGACAGCAGAACCUACUGGGGUGGGGAGCUCUCCACCAGGAGGAGAAGAGGCACAGGAGACACUGAGUCCAGUAAGAUCAACGGGCUGCUGGAGAGCAAGACGUACGACACAUAUGCCUCUUCGUCUGGGUACUCCUCAGAAGAUGACUAUGCUGGUCACUUUUACUCAGGCCAGAGUAGCUCUGGGUCACGGCUGAGGACUGCAGCUUCCCGUGUGGGCUCCUUCCUCUGGCAGGUGCUCACUUCCCCAGUGCGGUUUGUGGGGUGGCUCUGCUCGGGGCUGGCAGCCGCCUGGCACCGCCUCGCCGGCACAGCUCCCCGCCUUGGUCGCGUCCCCCUCUCCAGGCGCUACCCGUGGCUGAAGAGGUCGCUGCUGCUGCUGCUGCUCCUCCUGUUCCUCGCUGCUGCUGCCUACGGAGCUUGGUACUUCUACCCAUAUGGGCUGUCAACACUCAGCCUCCCUGUGUUCCCGUGGUGGGGAGCUGGAAAGCUUUCUUCCUCUGAUGUGCCUGCAGGAGGGGACCUGACUGUGUUGGACCAGGGGGAGCACCGGCUCCUGGUUCGCUUCCGGGCCCUGGAGAAGCGCUUUGAGGCACUGGAGGCCGAGGUGUCGCGGUGGGAGCUGCGGCAGGGGGCAGCAGCAGUGUCGGCAGGGGGAGAGCCCCCCCCGGGGGACAUCCUGGCACUGCUGGAGGGGCUGGUGAGCCGCCGGCAUGCGGGGCUGAAGGAGCAUCUCCGCGCUGAUGUGACCAGCCUCAUCCAGGGUGAGCUGGAUGCCCUCCGAGCCCAGGUGCAGAGGGAUUUAGACGGGCGCCUGGGGAAGAUGGCACAAGCCUCUCAGGAGAUGGAGGCGCGUUUGCUGAAGCUGAACUCGGAAUGGCAGAGCUCUGUGCAGGAGGGCCUGCAAGGCAGUUUCCAGCAGGAGGUGGGCAAGCUGGAGCAGGAGGUGGCAGCACUGAGGAGAGAGCUGGCUGGCCUCAAGUCAGACCAGGAGGUGAUGGGGAAGCACAUGGAGGGGAUGCUGGAGCAGCUGAAGGUGGUGCGGGCUGACGUGGAAGCACAGUUCCCGGCGUGGAUCAGCCGGUUCCUGUCGCAGCCCCAGCGGGGUGGUGCUGCCAGCCUUGUCUUCCAGCGGGAAGAUUUGCAAGCAGAGCUCCAGGCCCUGGAGCGCAAGAUCCUGGCCAAAGUCCUGGAGGACCGGAGGCUGUCGGCCCGGGAUGCUCAGGGUGGCAUUGGAGUGGCCCUGCAGCAAGGGGGGACCGCAGGGGUGACAGAGGAGCAAGUCCACCUUAUCGUUGAGCAAGCCCUGAAGCGCUACAGUGAGGACCGUGUGGGGAUGGUUGACUAUGCCCUGGAGUCAGCAGGGGCCAGUGUCAUCAACACCCGCUGCUCUGAGACUUAUGAGACACGGACGGCGCUGCUGAGCUUGUUUGGCAUCCCCCUGUGGUACCAGUCACAGUCCCCUCGUGUCAUCCUGCAGCCAGAUGUCAACCCUGGGAACUGCUGGGCAUUUCGUGGGUCCCAGGGCUUUGUCAUCAUCCGCCUCUCUGCCGUCAUCCGCCCCACGGCCGUGACACUGGAGCACAUCCCAAAAGCCCUCUCACCCCAAGGGACCAUCCCCAGUGCCCCCAAGGACUUCGCUGUCUACGGUUUGAAAGAGGAGAGUGAAGAGGAGGGGUAUCUCCUUGGACAGUUCACCUACAGCCAUGAUGGUAACCCCAUCCAAACAUUCUCCUUGGAGGGUGAUGCAGUGGACACAUACCAGCUGGUGGAGCUCCGGGUGCUGAGCAAUUGGGGUCACCCUGAGUACACCUGCAUCUACCGUUUCCGCGUGCACGGGGAGCCAGCACACUGA